AUGGCACAAGGAGGUAAAAAUUUUGAUAACACGCCACCACCUGCCUAUGAUGAUAUAUAUCCGGGCAAAAUUCCAUCCAACAACAUAUACCCCGGAAUGCCAGAAGAUAUCUCGAAAGAUAAUAUAAAAUUUGAUGAUGAAAAAGAUAAAAAUGACACGGACAAGAAGAAACUUCAACUCUCAAAAGUUGAAGGAGUUGCAAAGCUAAUGAAAGCUAUUGAUUUUGCCGCACGCCGUCAUCGGUUUCAAAGGCGAAAGGAUCCGGAAGGGAGCCCCUACAUUAACCAUUCGAUCGGAGUUGCAAAUAUAUUGGCCAGCGAAGGUCACAUCCUUGAUGUCGAUAUACUGGCAGCUUCCGUACUUCAUGAUAUUGUUGAGAAUACAAAAACGACUCCAGAGGAAAUUGAAGAAUUGUUCGGCAGAAGGAGCGUGUUCUUAAUAUUUUUGCUUUUGGAGGUUCGUGGGGUUGUUAGUGAAUGUACACUGAAUAAACAAUCGGCAAGUGAUCGUAGGAAAGUUCAGAUGGAAAGAGCGCCUCAACUAAGUCGCGAAGUAAGUUCUAUAAGGUUUUUUCAAGCAGUCGAGUGCAGUUCGCGAAUGGACUUCUGUAUUUAUGAAUCCUUUGGAUUUAAGGCGAAAUUGGUAAUCUUAGCUGAUAAGCUGCACAACCUAAGAGAUGCGGAGAGGAGCUUACCAGUGGGUUGGACUCCACAUUAUCGAAAAGAUGUAUUCAAGUGGACGAAAGAAUAUAUUGCGUUGCUGAAGGGUACAAAUGAACAUUUGGAAAUGGCUUUAGAUGAUGUCAUAAACAGGAAUUCCGGAUGA